GCCAUGAGAUCAAUAGUCGGUUUAAUAUUAAUACUAUUAUAUAAAAAAAAAUCACUAUCACAGAAAACUUUCAUAAGAUGACUUCUACGUGAAUAUAUUUUCUUUGUUUUCUUCCACUACUUCUCUCGCUAGGGAGUACGAAAGGACAAGCUGGCGGGAAUUAUGAGCAAAUGAAACGACUCCCAACGAUAUUCGACUGUCGGAUCGCUUUAACUCUGUUUAUUGGAAGCAUUUGAGAAGACAAUCUGCCAUAGAACAGUAAUCGUUUGGAACAACAUGAUUCUUCGUAAAACAACUAAGAUCUUCUUAAUGGUCAUGUUAUGCUCCUACAGUUACACUCUCUUCUAUAUUAACAAAAUUAUUCAGAAACAACCGAAUAACCUGUCAAUAUUUCAACACUAUUUCAACGACAGAUACUUUCGCCAAAGCGAUGAACUGCAGAAGCAAAUAACUUUAAAGCUGUCAACUUCGUGUAAAGAAAAACAAAAUUUGGUAUUUAUAAAAUGUAUGAAAUGUGCGACCGAAACAAUGGCUACUGUGAUACGACGAUUUGGUUACACUAGAAAUUUAUCGUUUGUACUUCCAAUUGGCACCCAUAUUUAUCUUGGUUGGCCAUACCUGAUGGAAAAGAUAGACUAUCGGCCACCUUUCUGCAAGAACUGUAGUACUGCCUACAACAUCCUGAUGGAACAUGCAAUUUACAACCGUUCUAUUAUGCGAUCUCUAAUGCCCAAAGACACUGUAUACAUCUCCAUUAUCCGAGAACCGUAUGACCGCUUCUUAUCAACCUUCCAUUAUUUUAAAAUAAAAGAUUACGUGGUUUUAAACGAGACUGAUUAUGUUUCUCAAUAUUUGAACAACUAUCACAAGUACGAAGCGAUUUAUAAAAGUAAAACUUUUUCUGAACAUUAUUGCAUUCCCCGAAAUUUUUCGCUUACAGAGAAUCUUAUGGCCCACUGCUUGGGUGUACCUCUCGGCUUUCCCGCGGGCAGGAAAUCGAUUGCAUCUUAUUCAACCGGAGAAAUCACGCGUUACUUGCAAGAUCUUGACAAUGACUUUUCCCUUGUAAUGAUCGUCGAAUAUUUCGAUGAGUCUCUUAUUUUGCUACGACGUUUAAUGUGCUGGAAAAUGAAAGACAUUAUUUUUCGCAGAGUCAAUAUAGGUGGCUACCGUAAAACCAACGCUUCGAACAACAGACAAACAGAACAAAACCGACAGCUAUAUAAGUCUUACAGUCGGAUAGAUUACAUUUUAUACAACUAUUUUAAACGAGUUUUGUUGGAAAAAAUUAAACAACAAACACCGGAUUUUUUCGAUGAAGUAAAUCACUUCAGAAAAGUCGAGUCUGAAGUGACUGAAUUUUGUGAUAAUUUUUAUCUGAAUAAAUCGACGAAAAAAUUUAUUUCUGUAAAUCAAACUUCCUGGAACAAUGCUUUUAAUUAUACUGAUGAGGACUGUAAAUUAAUGUCAUCAUCACUACUAACACAACUAUCUAUUCUGUCCUACACGGCCAGCACAAAUAUCAACAUCACCCUUAUUUCCAAUACCGCCACCAUCAUAACGACCAUCACUCCGCCGAUUAUUAAUAUCUACGUCGUCACUGCAGUCGCUGCCGCCGCCGCCAUAACCGCCACCACCAUUUCAUCUCAUACAGAGCUCGGUAGCAAUAACAGUGGAAGAAUCUUCCUCAGCUUGAUUACGACACCAAAGCGAGGUCAGUUUGUAACCGAGACAGGCUUUGGUUGCGACAGUCGACAGCCGACAGUCGACAGCCGACAGCCGACAGCCGACAGCCGACAGUAA